AUAAAAAAAAUCAUGUAACAAUAGAACCGCAUAAAAAUGCUGGGCAGUCCAAAACUAGAGUAGAGAAAAAAAUUGCUUGGAAUGGAAGCUAGGUGAAAGGCUGACGUCAUCGCAAUUUCCUUGCUGAGAAAGCCACGACUACAUCGUUCAUUUUCAUUUCCACUUCGGCUAUAAAUCCCUCAUCUGGGAUCCACCAAAAGUUCCAAGUCAGAAGCGACUCGACAUUUUAACUCACCACCGAGUUGCUACUGAGUUGCCACUGAACGCCGGCCAAAGCGACCAUGUUUUCUCUUUCAGAUAUUCCCACCUCACCCUCGGCAUUGUUCGCCGCCUAUGCCUCUUUCUCGGCCUCCAUGAUGCUGAUUCGCUCCAUGGCCAACGACGUCGUUCCGCACGAUCUCCGUGCCUACCUCACCCAAGCCCUCCGUUCCCUCUUCACCCCUCUUUCCUCCGACCUCACCAUCCUCAUUGACGAGAACUGCGGCAUGACACGAAACCAGGUCUUCGACGCCGCAGAGAUCUACCUCCGGACCAAAAUCAGCCCCUCCACCGAUCGUCUCCGGGUCAGCCAGACCCAGAGGCAGAAAUCUCUCACCUCCUCCAUCGACAAGGGCGAGGAGGUCACGGACACCUUCCAGAACAUCCGGAUCAAGUGGCGGUUCGCCUGCACUGAACCCGAUAAGACCACCCGAGCCCGUGAGACCCGAUUCUUCGAGGUCACGUUCAAGAAGAAGUUCAAAGACGUUGUGAUGGAGUCCUACUUGCCCUACGUUUUGGUCCGAGCCAAUGCCAUUCGACAAGAAGAGAAAGUGGUUAAGCUUUACAAUCGUGACUGUCCUUCUUACAACGACGAUGAUGAUGGAGGCAUGUGGGGCUCGGUGAAUCUGGAACAUCCGGCGACCUUCGAGACCUUGGCUAUGGAGCCUGAGCUGAAGAAAGAGAUAAUAGAGGAUUUGGAUAGGUUUGUUAGGAGGAGAGAAUUCUAUAAGAAAGUUGGGAAAGCUUGGAAAAGAGGGUAUUUGCUAUAUGGUCCUCCUGGUACUGGGAAAUCGAGUUUGAUUGCGGCCAUGGCUAAUUAUCUCAAAUUCGAUAUCUACGACUUGGAGCUUACGAGUAUAUACAGCAAUUCGGAUUUGAGAAGGGUUUUGCUGUCUACCACCAAUCGGUCAAUUUUAGUCAUCGAGGACAUUGACUGCAGCCUCGAGAUGCAGAACCGGCAAGAUGACGAUCAGUUUGAUGGUUCCAACAGCAGGUUGACUCUGUCGGGGCUAUUGAACUUCAUCGAUGGUUUGUGGUCGAGCUGUGGUGACGAGCGAGUCAUUGUGUUCACCACCAACCACAAAGACCGUCUUGACCAGGCAUUGUUGCGUCCUGGUCGAAUGGACAAGCACAUAAACAUGUCCUACUGCACCAGCAACGGAUUCAAGAUAUUGACCUCUAAUUAUCUGGGUGUUCGGGGAAAAGAGCAUAAUCUCUGUGGAGAAAUUGAAUCUCUUGUGGAUAGCAUGGAGGUAACCCCAGCUGAGAUUGCAGAGGAGCUUAUGAAGAGCGAUGAUGCGGAUAUUGCUCUUCAAGGACUUGUUAAUUUCUUGAAGCGUAAGAAGAUUGAGAUCAGUGAGAAGAAGAAAGCUGACGAGAGCACCAAGAGUGAAGUUGAAGAAAUAGCAACUGAACCUCAAAAUCCAAAUGCAAAGAAGCAGAAAAUAGAUGAUGGUAACGUUCAAAGAAGUGUGAGGAACAUUGGGAGGCGAAUUGUGAGAGGCAGAGGAAGAUCCUUUCGGAGAAAUGGGCUCUAAUUUAAAAUUAUAAAUACGUCAUGGACCGAUAAAUCUAUCGGAGAAGCCGGUCAUAAAACAAUGUUUUUUUUUUUUUGUUUUUUCGGGUGCAAUCGUGAGAGUUUUGUUUUGUUCUUCCUAAAACUAUGAAGUCUCCAAAAGGAAAUUUGUAAAACUAUGUUAAAUUAUUAAUGGUAAAGUCUAAAUCCAUAAUAUCCAGUCGG